GCUAAGGCUGCUGCAUGAUAGGUGUAUCAUCUCACUUUCUCUCAGCGUUGAUUUCUUGCUUCUUUAUUUACUUCAUAAAAAGAGUGGGGGGAGGGGGGGGCACCUGAAGCACACAAUUCUGUGCUGUCUCGGCAUCUUUAGGACAUCUUUUUUAUUAGUAUGAGCAAGCUGUUGCUGUUCUUCUGUGGAGUGAAGUUGGAUUAUACAUUCUUUUUUAAAUGUGUAUGGUGAUAUUUGCUCCGCUUUUUGCAAUUUUUGCAUUUGCAACAUGUGGUGGUUAUUCUGGACAACUGAAAGUCAGUGUAGACUGUCAGAACAAGACAGACAGCGACCUAAAUGUUGGGAUAGAGUUUGCUUACCCUUUCAGGUUGCACCAGGUGUAUUUUGAUGCCCCCACGUGCGAUGGUAAAAGACGAGAGAGACUGUUCCUGAUAGGAGACUAUUCUUCUUCGGCUGAGUUCUUCGUUACUAUUGCAGUCUUUGCUUUCUUGUACUCACUGGGGGCCACUGUUGUGUACAUUUUUUACCAGAACAAGUACAGAGAGAACAACAGGGGGCCACUUAUUGAUUUCAUUGUGACAGUGGUGUUCUCGUUCAUGUGGCUGGUGAGCUCGUCUGCCUGGGCGAAGGGUCUGUCGGAUGUGAAGACCGCCACAGACCCUGAUGAGGUGCUUUUGUUAAUAUCUGCAUGUAAGGUGCAGUCCAACAAAUGCCUUCCUCUCCGCAAACCUGUGUGGGCAAGUUUAAACACAUCUGUUGUCUUUGGAUUUUUAAACUUUGUUCUAUGGGCUGGAAACAUUUGGUUUGUAUUCAAGGAGACUGGAUGGCAUUCUUCCACCCAGAGGUAUCCUACAAGCACCACAGAAAAGCAACCGAGUGGCUAUAACCAGCAAUCAUACAACCAAGGCAGAUAUGAGCAAGAAAACAUUGGCCAGUCUGGUGGCACCAAUCCACCAGGAGACUUCGGUCAGCAGUCAAACUAUGGCCACAUGGGUGGCUAUAGCCAGGUAGGGUAUGCUCCAAGCGAGCCUACCUCCUUUGGUAAUUAGAUGUAACAUCUACACUGUAUUUUAAGAUACAGAGUUUAAGAGGGCAAAUGAUAAUCAGUUGACGUCUAAAUUAGACUACAAUAUGAGGAGUGUUUUCCUCUGUUGUCAGUAGUCUAGUGUCAGAAAGGCAGUGGUUCUUGUUUCCAAACUACAGCAUAUCUUGCUUGUAGGUAGCGAGAGGUACAAUUAUAUUAUCUGGGGAAUGAAACCUAAAGUUAAAAAGUUAACAUUGUAGGUAGUGUAAAAGUAAUGUUAUUGUAGUUCUCUCUAUCUCUCUCUCUCUCUCUCUCUCUCUCUCUCUCUCUCUCUCUCUCUCUCUUGUUCUUUUUUUUGUGGUAUGUUGUAUUCCAGUGGUUAUAGCUGUUUGUAAGUAUUUGUUUCUGUGAUAUGCUAUGCCACAGAUCUUGACGGAAAGUAUUUUUGAACUCUGUUUUGCACUCUUGUGAAAGAAAUUGUGGUCAUUUGUAAAAUUAGUGAAUAUUAUUAUUAUUAACACUGAUGACUGUCUGUGAACAAUAGUUAUUUAUUGUUGGUGUUUUGUGACUACUUAGAUGUUAGAGGUUAUAGUACAAGGAGCAUUUCCUUUAUUUUGUACUUUCAUAGGAUUUUAGUAAGUUCACAUGUUUUAAAAUAUGCUGCUUAAACUGCCAUAAUUCAGAAUUGAAAGCACAAAUAUGAAAAGGGAGGAGUGGAACACUGGGUAUGUGUUUGAAAUAUCUUGUAAAUACAUGUAUUUAAAUAAUAAACACCCAAACACCCCAUAAUACCUAUAGAUUUUGAAUAACAGUAAGAUUAAUCUUAUUAUCAAAAUUAAAAGAUAUGAAGACCUGUAAAUUAGGUUGAUAUACAUUCAUUAAUCAGAUAUUUCUUUAACAAAACAACAUGUAAGUUUGAAUAGAAGUGUAACUUGACAUUCUCUUAAUUGUGAACCUUGUUUCUUGACUUCCAAAGCAUGUGACGUGAAUUUUUGCAGUAACUGCAUUUGUUGGUUGAGGUAUAUACGAUUGCUGUAUUUGCUCUAAACUCAGUGUUGCAUUAAAAUGUGAUCAGCUGUACCUGAGUAAGAUUGUAUAUCAGUAUGCUUUUAAAAUAUGAUUAAUAAAGUUGUUGCAAAAACCUUGUGUACUAUAAUAA